AUGGGUAAAACCAAACGGGCUCCCUUCGGUGGGCAACAAAUUACUUCCAACACCUCAACAGCAACAAAUUUUCCUACUUUUUUUGUAAUUAAAAGAUCAUCGGACACUAAUGAAACAUUUCAUUCUGUUUCUCCGUUUUUAGUGGAAAAGGCUAUUACUAGUACUGUUGGUGAAGUCAAAAGCACUAAAAAGCUCAGAUGCGGUGAUUUACUGGUCGAAGUAUGUUCUCGCAAGCAAUCUCAACAAAUUGUUAAAAUGAAAGCACUUUCAAAUAUCCCGGUCACUGUUUCUCCCCAUGCAUCUCUGAAUUCCUCUAAAGGAGUCAUUUCCUGUGGGGAGCUGUUCAAUGUUCCGAUUGAAGAAAUCACAAAAAAAUUGCAAACACAGGGGUUGAGCCAUGUACGGCGUAUUUCUAUACGGAGAGAUGGCCAGCUUCUGAACACUAAACAUUUAAUUUUGACGUUUACUUCCUCUAAAUUACCAGAUCACAUAAAAGCCGGUUAUAUGCGCCUUGCUGUCAGACCUUAUAUUCCCAAUCCAUUACGUUGUUUCAAGUGCCAACGCUUCGGGCAUUCCAAAUCUUCUUGCCGCGGGACUUUGACUUGUGCCCGUUGUGCAGAAGUCGGUCACGACAGUACUGAUUGCAUUGCUCAAGAGAAGUGUGUGAAUUGCAAAGGGGUAAUGCAAUGA